AAAGGGCAUCCAGCAGUUUCAGUCAGAUCCCCACCACUGUGCCUGUCAAUAGCUGGCACAGUAACAGCAGCACAAUCGGUCUUAGAAACUCUGCUUGAUUUUAUUUGGGCACAGCAUCAAGCCUAGCUGUGAAUUUUGUUCUACAGCUUUUUUGGUCUUUAUAUAUAUAUAUAUAUAUAUAUAUAUAUAUAUAUAUAUAUAUCGAUUCUUUAAUCUAAGAUCCUAAAGAGAUGUGUUGUACAGGAAAGUGUGCGCGGUUAGUAGGUUUGAUCCUGUUGCCCUCAGCGUUCGCAUGCAUGUUAGCCAACGUGCUGCUGUUCUUCCCCAAUGGUGAGCGUCUGGAGACCAGUCAGAUUUCGACGCAGGUCUGGCUCAUGGGAGGACUGCUCGGUGGAGGACUGUUUAUGCUGUGUCCAAGCUGUUCCGCUAUCAGAGCCGGGGGCAAGGGUUGCUGCGGGAAAGGUUGCUGUGGGAACCGCUGCCGUAUGCUGAAUUCUGUGUUCUCCUCUGCGUUUGGUCUGAUUGGGGCGAUAUACGGCACCAGCGUCGCAUCUGCAGGACUGGCUAUUGGACCAAAAUGCAGAGUGUCCGGUGAGACCUGGGAGUACCCCUUUAAGGAUGCACCCCAAGGAAACAGCAGUUACUUGGUGGAUAAAUCUUUGUGGUCUGUCUGCGUGUUCCCGGAGAAUGCAGUUCUUUGGCACAUCGUUCUUUUUUCCAUAAUCUUGGGGCUGGGCAUGGUGCAGGUGGUGCUCCUCGCCAUCCAGGUCAUCAAUGGUUGCCUGGGCUGCUUCUGUGGGGACUGCAGAAACAGCAAAGAGGAUGAUGGAGGAUUGUGAAAAGAAGAUUUUAUGGCUGAUGAGUUAUGACGCCAUUCAUAUGCCAGACUCCUUUUUUACAUACAUGUAUGCACUAUACUUAUGCUGUAAGUACAUGUAUGGACACCAGCUUCCAUAUUUACAACUUGAAGAUAUGCUAAUUCAGCACCAGUAAAUAGAUAAAUAUCCAUUCUGAAAUAGGAUUUUGUAAAUUUAUAUUUCAAAAUUAUAGCUGUAUUGUGCUUCAGAUUUACCAAAAGAUCAAUUUUUAUACAUUUAAUGACAAGUAGUCCCAAAGCACUCUAGCAAUGUGGAAAUCAGAGUUUUUUUUUCAGUGUGUGUUCCUUUGAAUCCCUCUGAACUUCUGACAUUGUAUGAUUACAUAAGCAUCUAUCGUCAAAGGCAACUUGUACUACACUAUUUAUGUUGCUGUUAUCAUUAAUUAUUAAAGUGAAUACAUCAGAAAGAGUUAUGAA